AUGUUCGACCCCGAGACUUGGCAGCGCAUCUACCAAGUCGAUCCGGGCGAGCUGUGGGAGACGCACCACGCGCUGAAGAGCCGGUGCCUCGACUUCGUCCGCCGUCGGCUCAGCCGUCAGGCACGUCGUCGCAGCGAGGACGAAGCCUCGGUCGACGCGGCGCGGCUGGCGCUCGACCCGGCGGCUUUGACGAUCGGCUUUGCGCGUCGCUUCGCGACUUAUAAGCGUGCCGACUUGUUCCUGCGUCAGCUCGACGCGAUCGCCGAGCUGAUCAACGACACGAACCGCCCGGACUCGCGGUUCUCGGGACGUGUCGUCUUCAUCGAAGACUACGACCUGAACGUCGCCCGUCACAUGGUGCAGGGCGUCGACGUGUGGCUUAACAACCCGCGUCGCCCGCUCGAAGCCUCCGGCACCAGCGGUAUGAAGGUCGUGCUCAACGGCGGCCUCAACUGCUCGAUCUUGGACGGCUGGUGGGCCGAGGCCUACAACGGCAAGAACGGCUUCUCCAUCGGCCUAGGCCAGCAGCACGUCAACACCGACAUCACCGACACGCGCGACGCCGAGAACCUGUUCCGGGUGCUCAGCGACGAGGUGAUCCCCUGCUUCUACGAGCGUGACGCCGACGGUCUGCCGCACGAGUGGAUCACGCGGAUGGUCAACUCGAUCGCGACCCUCGCCGCCCGCUUCAGCGCCCACCGCAUGGUGCAGGACUACGUGACGCACUGCUACCUGCCCGCCGCGGUCGCCAUCGACGCGACUCCGAUUCCUAACGGGCGCGGCUCAAGUCUUUUUGAGCGUGAACACAAUCGACGGCGCGAGUCGCGUCGUGCCGACACGGGUGCUACGCUAAACCUCAUGCCCCGCAUCACUUCACCCGACGACGACGCGCUCACCGAGCUCUGCGACGAGUUGCGUUCGCGCGCCGCCGAAGUCGAUCGCUCACAGGCCUGGCCCGCCGAGUCGAUGCGGCUCUGCGGCGAGGCGGGUGUGUUCGAGUGGUUCCUCGAGAACCACUUGGGCGGGCAGAAGUGGAGCGAUCCCGACGUCACACGCGGCUACCUCGCGCUCAGCGAGGCGUGCCUCACCACGACGUUCAUCAUCACCCAACGCACCGGCGCCUGCCGGCGGAUCGCGGUGGGUGAUAACGACGCGCUCAAAGAGCGGCUGCUGCCGGACCUCGUGUCGGGCAAGUCGUUCGCCACGGUCGGCAUCUCGCACCUCACCACGAGCGGCCGCCACCUGAAGAAGCCGCUGCUCGCCGCGACGCGCGUCGCUGGCGGUUGGCGGCUCGAAGGCAUGGCGCCGUGGGUCACCGGCGCGGAGGCGGCGGAGCACGUCGUCGUCGGCGCCACGGUGCUCGACGAAGCGGGUGAGCCGACGGCGGAUGAAGUGCUGCUAGCAGCGCCGACAAGUCUCAAUAGCGUCAGCACACCGCCGGCGUUUGCGAUGGUCGCCCUCACCGCCAGCCGCACGGGCCCGGUGCGGUUCGACGGCGCCGUCGUCGCUGACGAGUACGUCAUCGCCGGACCGAUCCCCGAAGUGCUCAAGCACGGCGUCGGCGCCGCGACCGGCGGGCCGCAGACCUCGACGCUCGCCCUUGGCUCCGCCGCCGCCAGCUUGGUCCUCUUGCGAGCAGAAGCCACCAAGCGGCCCGACCUUGAGGGGCCGCUGGAGGCCCUCACCGCCGACCACGCCGAGGUCCUCGCCGACCUCCACGCCGCCGCCUCGGGCGAGCCCCGGUGCAGCAGCGAAUCGCUGCGCCAACGGUCCAACAGCCUCGUGCUGCGGGCCUCUCAAGCGGCCCUCACGGCCACCAAGGGCGCCGGCUACUUAGCCGACGCCCCCGCCGGCCGGCUCUGCCGCGAG